UACAGUGUUCGGCAUCAGUUCCGCAGGCCUGCAGUCGUAGCAAGGUGUGCCCCCGCCCUCUCCCGCUUCCCUGUUUAGAGCACACGCCCUUCCUCGCAGAUUUAACUUCCCUCUCGCAGGUGUUGUGACUUUCACUGGCGCGAGACACGGAACAGAGGGCUGUCGGAUGUUCGGUCUCUUCACACUGACUCCGGAGUUGUUCUGUUUAUAUUUUGUUCGUGUGCGGCAACUGAAUCUUUAUAAUAAUAAUUAUUUUUUACUAAUUUGAGUGACUUCGAUGGAGCGGGCGUCCUGCUAGGGGCCACCUCGCCAUGUCCUUGCUCAGCCUUCGCGCUACAGUCAGAUAACGAAUCGAUUUACCAAUUAACAGGAGGGACGCCAACAGACAAAAAUCCUCUGAUGGCUUUCUUCCGGCAACUGAAACUCCUUCUCUGGAAGAAUUGGCUUGCAGUGAUCAGACAGCCACUAUGGUCGCUGACUCUGCUCAUAUGGCCUCUGAUCCUUUUCAUCAUCAUUGCGGUUGCCCGCAAAAGCUUCCCUCCUGUACAAAAAGAUACAUGUUUUGUGAGACCCCGAAACCUGCCCAGCGCCGGCUUCUUCCCUUUCCUGCAGACUCUCAUGUGCAACACGGACGGCAACUGUCAAAACACCAGCCUCGUGGACCAGGCUUCAUCAAAGAGUGCUCUGCCCCCCUCAAGUUAUACCAGGUCAAGCCUGCUGUUACAGGGGGGCGAUUUUUUGAACUACGCCUUCUCCAAAGAGUCCAGAAAUGAUCCAGCAGCAUUGAUUCAGGCCUUGAAGAACCUUUUGGGUCCGGCUAACCAAGGAAGAUCUUAUAAUGCCUCUUUCAUGAACGCCAUGAAUACCACUUUCCCUGGAAAUCAGGAGACUUUGGACCAGAUGCUGGGCUCAGUAAACCUGUUGAAGAGCGCCGUCUGCAAAAUGGCACUGCCCAUGGUCAACGCGACGUCAUCACCAGACCCCCUUUCCUACGCCGCGGUCACCUUCUGCGAAUCCAACAACACGGUGUUAGAGGUCUCGAUCAAAGCACUCAACCAGAUACUGACUGAUCUGCUGCUGACAAAACCGGAUGAGAUGACGACGGUGGCCGGGGCUGCGAUCUUGGUCUUCGACGGGCUGCAAAACCAGAGCUCACUCUGGGAAAGCCUCCUGGCCGUUCCCCGGCUCUUCUCUGCCGGAUCAGACCAGAACGGGCUGGCCAGCGCGGAGGCCCUGCUCACCAGCAUACGGGGUGCUUUGAAUACCAUCCAGACCGUCAUCCCUGAUGCCAAUGCAUCAUUUUCCGCAGUGGGUCCACUCCUCACCGGAGGCCUCAACCUGAUCCAAUAUGUACAAAACUGGCCUGGCAAAGAUGCCACCGUUUCUCUCGGAGAGAUCGUCACGUUGCAGAAUGACUCACUCAGUGAAAUGAUGAGACUCUAUCUGCAAGAGGUCAAAAUACCACUGGACAAGGCUAUUGGCCUAACAUUGGACAGAGACAUUGUACAUAUGUACUUGUGUGACAACAGCAGUAAGCCACUGUGGUUAUCAACAGCGUGCAGUACAGGGGCCUUAGACAUGCUCCUGAGCUGGAUCAGCCCCGAUUUGGUGGCAAAGCAGGCUCUCCUGGUAUGGAGUAAGGAUGUUGCUCCGCGUGAUGUAGCCUUCGUCAGAGAGCUGCUGGGGAGUUUGAUGGGAGGGGGAUCCCCAGGAGGACAAGGAGGCUCCAACAUGCCAAGGGCCCGGCGUAGCUUAGAUACCCAACCUCAAAACAUCAAUGAGGAGUUGUUUCUAGAGGUUGGUCAAGUGGUGCUUGAGCUCAUACAAAUGGUGCCAGGGCAGGAUCUGCUGGUGGUCCAGAGCCUCCUCAGAACUGUCUUUGAGUCCAUGAAGUUUGCAUCACUGGCCCUUCAAACUGUUGAAGAAAUGAUGUCCAAUGUCCUGACAGAUGCUGAUCAACUCCAAACGACUUUUCUAGCAUUGCUGACAAACCAGUCUGAGGCAAGCGUCUGGACUGGUCAUGUCGUAGACAGUGUGGUGGAAAUUAUCCAAAUGAUUCCAGAGAUGAUGUCACCGGAACCUUUCAACUGUGAGGAUCUCUUGGGUCCCUUCGAGUGGCUCUUGGACACAAAAAGCAUAACAAUGGAGUCGUGGAGAUCAGCGAUCUGUCAGAACGGCUCUGCUCCACAGCAGGCGCUGCUAACGGGCUGGCAGCCAUUGGUUCAGAAGGCACAAGACGUAUAUGGCGCCCUGCUAGGCCAAGGCGACUACAAUGUGACCCUCCCCGUGGUUCUCUCCCAGUGGCACGAGCUUUACAAUAACAGCAUGCAGCUUGCCGUGCUUUCAAGCGAAGUGGCCACAAAGUUUGGAGGAUCCUGGACGGACUGGAUGCCAAACAACAUCACGGAUGAUGUUACAUCGACUCUUCAACAAAGUGUUCCCUUGUUCAUGGUGAAUUUGGGAGAGAGUAUUGAAAAGACUCAACUGUGGCCCGAGGUAAAGAACUAUUUCCACAUGCUGUACUGGAUUUUGAACUACAGGCCAGAUGUCACAACUCCGCCAGCAAACUGCUACAUUAACAUCACAUCCUCAACCAUUGAUUGCGAUACUGGUUUGGAAUGGCCACAGUUUGUAAAUGCAAUGACCGAGGCUCUGAUGUCGUCAAACCAAGAACUCCUGGUGAAUUGUCUCAACGGAACGGUGAAUCUGUUGCAGCACGUGUACGGUGACGCGUAUGAGCGUUUGGCAGGAUCAUACCUGAAAGAAAUGGAAGGAGGAGACGCGCUCUCUGCCUACCUGAUGAAUCUGGUCCAAAACCUGAAUGGCUUUGUCAGCACGCUUCCUGGCCAAAACGUCACCGACCUCGAUGUCAUGCGUCCGCUUGUCGCUAACCUGUUCCGGUCCACGGGUCUGGCGCCUCUGCUGCCCCUGCUCUUCAGCGACGGCCCCCUGAAUGUCUCUGCUGUGUUCGACGUUGCCUCAAAGCUCGGCAGGCUCAACCAGCACAUUUUUACCUUCAAUGAAACGGACCCCACGAUGGCCGAACUCGAACAGUUGAUGAUGCAGUUUUUCUCUUCGGAAGGUAACCUCACCGUGUCUCUCUCCUACAUCAUGGGGCACACUCUGCUUACCUAUUCCAACUACUUCACGCCCGACAAAGUGUCGCGUCUCAGGGAAGCCAUCCGGCCUUUCACCAACCAGACCUCAGCAGGCCUCGUAGAGGCCAUCCUCAGUGCCAUGGAGCAGCUGCAGAACGUGAUGGAUUCUCCAAAUGGUGACCCCACUAACGUCAUCCUUGGGUACUUGGGCCAGCUUCGAGAAUGCGUGCUGUCUCAGUUCAGCCUCCAACAAAUUCAACAGGUCCCGCUACCAAAUGGGCAGCUUGGCCCGGCACAAGUCACUGACCUCCACCUGAUCGCCAAGGACUUUCUCAACCUUUUGAGCCCAGAAGGCCUGCAGAACUUGUCUCAGGCGGGACCAGACGCGGCUCAGAACGCUAUUGCGCAAAGAUUUGUUGCGUUCCUCCCACCUGAGGUCCAACAGGAGGCUGCUCGCUUUCUCCGGGAUUUCCAAGCCCUGCAGAGUCAGAUGACUGAAUGCGCAGCAGGCGGAAACUGCUCGGCCGGGAUCUCAGAAACCUUCACCUUACUGGAACAGACGGUGGACAUGAUGCUCUCGGCCGACGGUAAUGUAACCAUGAAUUUAACCGUGACGAACUCCAUCCUGGAGGGAUGGCAAUAUGAGGAAGUUACAUCCUCGUUCUUUUCGCUCCUCCUGUCCUCUAACAAUACAGACUGUGUGAAAACAUUCAAGCAGAUUCUUCACUUCAUCAGAUCGAUCGUGGCUGCACCAAGUGUGACUGUGUCUGGUGUUCAGAAUGCUCUGUGGCAGGCAAACCUCACCCUUGAGGAGCUGAAUGGCAUCGCUGCAUUAACUGGAGCUGCCAACGUAAACAGCCUGAUGACCAAUGUGAUGGAGAUGAUCAAUGUUAGCCAGUGUUACGAACAGCACCAAGACCCCAACACGACGGCGCAGUGUUCCAUGGGAUUGAUAAGCGGCGUCGGCGGGUUCCUCUCGCGCCUUCCCGCUCUCCGCGACGAGCAGGCCAUCCUCUCCCUCAUUACGAUGAUUGUCCAUAACGCUGUCGGGGAUGUUGUUCAAGUUGACUUCAGCUCCAAUCCUGACCUGGCUCUCGCACACACCCUGAACAGCACCCUGGCCAAUAUCAAGAUGAACCUCCAGCUCAACCAACUGUACACUCCGGAGAUCAUGACUGAAAUCGCAGUAGUGGAGGGUCUCCUACAACUGGUCGCCAACACUGAACCAUAUAACAAUUUGAACAACACGAUGAACCCAUUGUAUGCUCAGGAAGAAUAUCUAAAAAUUGUGGAAUGGUACCUGAAAAGGCUGGAAAAUAUCACCAGCACGAGCUCCGCCUCAGAGCUGCUCUCGCCCUUCUACUACCUCACACAAAUGCAAGUGACGUUACAGCUGGCACAGGCAGAUGUUACUCUGUUUGUGAGUAAGCAGGUCGAGUCCUUGAUCAACGAGCUGCAGUACCCACUAGAUGGAGCAGGGGUGAUUAAAAUUGGCCUGACAACCGUGGAGAUUCUCCGGCGUCAGUUUGAUCUCGUGAUGGACAACCUAGAGGCUCAGGAUAACCUUACACUCGCUAACCAGUUAUUGCCAAACCAUACCCUUCUUGAUGCCACCGAGCACCAGGUUGAGCAAUACCUCGACCUGAUAGAGGAGUGGAUGAAACAACCAAAUCUCCAAUCGCUUCUCAGCAGUAUGCUCGGAUGGGCAAUCCCAGACAGAAAUGUCUCCGCCUACGUGACAGACCUCCAGCGCCUGCAAGGGACGACGGCUACUCUUCUCGGGGACGAUCAGCUGGCCUACCUCUCCCUCAUUGGCAACAUCACCAACUCCCUGAGCGAUGCCCUAGUGGUGGCAGAGCAGCCAGGCGGCCUACAGAGUGACCACUUCCUAGAAGCCCUGGUGGAGGCCUUCCAGCGUGCGAUGCAGAGCCUGACCUCCGCCACAGGCCCCCUGCCGCCCUCCGUAGAGCAGGACCUCCUGGAAGUUGUGCAGAACUCGCUUAAGCUCAUUGUCCAACCAGACGAGAGUUUCGCCUCCUCACAUAACAUCUCCCUCCUCAUCCUCAAGCGCGCAGAGAGCAUCAUCCAACAAACAGUACCAGAAGUGUUUGCUCAGUACUUGUUGCCUGGAAUCAAAGUAGCAGCCACGUAUUUUGAGAGCAACACUGUGGCCAAUGGAUCAGACAGCUUGAAUCUGAUUCUGGAUGAGAUGAAAACCAUCCAGAGCUUCCUGCCGUCAAACUGCACAGCCCAGGCCUACGUCUCGGUGCUCAUUGACAUCACUCACUCCCUCCUGGAGUCUGGCCAAGGCAACUCGAGUCUCUGGGGAUACUUUGAGAAUGCUUCAGUAGAAAAUUGGCCAAUGAUUUUUGACAAGACGGGCCAACUCUUCAGCAUGCUUUGGAACCUCGGCCUCGAAGGUCCAGACCUAAAUUCAACUACUCCGCCUCUGGGGGACUUUGCACUUCUCGCUCCAGUCCUCGAGCAACUGAUGACUGGGAAGGCCGACCAAGACACAUGGCAAAAACUUGAAGAGCUACUACGUGCUCUGCUUUCAACCCUCGAAGGAGCAGAGCAAUGGGAAAACGUCCCAUCUGCAAUCCUGCUGUUUGAGAAAAGCAUGGGUAGUUUGGUAAACAGCUUGCAAGCACAGAACGGGAUGAUUCAAAGCCUUCAGAUCCCCGUGGUGACUUUGAUGAGCGAAAUUGCACAGUCUGUGAACUCCAGCAAUUUUAACUUUUCAGAGGUCUCUGAAAGAAUGCAGCUUGCCAUUGCACGCACGGUGCAGGCAGCCGAACAGUCUAAUGGCACAUUGGAGUGCAGUGGAGUUCUGAUGGCAUGGGAGCCAGUGAGGGAGGCAGCGGGGAUAAGCCAUUCCACCAUGGCCUCGUGGUGCAAUAUCAGCCUGCAGCCUGUUUUCGAGACCUAUGCUGCAGUCCAGACUGUCUACACGCACAUGAACAUGAGUGACAUGGGGGCCGGACCUAUGUCUGUGAGUUCUACAUCUGCCCGGAUUGUCAGGAUCGUGCAGUCUUUCUACCAAGUCAACAUCAACAGCACACUUGUGACAGAGCAGCUCAUAGAAACUUUCUCCAGCCAGCUCUCUCAGCUCACGAGCCAGCCUCUGAGCCCUGAGGCACAGCUUCACUGGUACCAGCAGCUCCAAGAAAUGCAGUUGCAAAACCGUUGGUCCUCAUUCGAAAUGCUUUCUGAUGAGCUGGUAAACACGGCCCCAUUCCUCGAGCCUUACAUUGAAGCUAUAGAACAAUCCCUGAACCACAUCAUGGACAACUACCAUCUCAUUCAAAACGACAGCUUGUGUGAGGACCUUUUCCAGGAGGCAGCAAUGAUCUUUCUCUCCUCCGCAAACAUCACGACAGACAACAUCUUCCCCGUGAUGUGGGAAAGUUUCAGCGAAGCAUUUCUCACCAACAUAACAAGGGAAGCGGCACAACUGCUGGUCGACAUGAACUUAUUUGGGAACGUGCCUUUGCUUUACCAAGCUCUGGAGCAAUUUCUGGCGUCCAAUAUCUCAAGCGCCCUUGCGCAGGAGGCGUCCGCGUUCUUCGCGUGGUGGAGCUCCACUGAAGCAUCUGGACUGGACCUGCUGACUCAGGCUGUGCUCAAAGUGUACGACGUCCUCGGCCCUCUCUUGUCCGCCGUGACCCGGGUGAGUCUGGACAUGCCGGCAGACGUGGAGCUGUUUGAAGGCCUCGCCGGAAACAUGAGCGCAAUGCUGAGGGACUUGGUAGGCACCGGCGAUCUCAUGGCCCCAAUGGGCUACUACCAGAGCAUGUUUCAGCAGGGAAUGGCCGCCAGUAAUCACACGACAGCGAGCGCCGCGCGGCGCAGGCGCGAGGCCCCGCUGAUGCUGCCACGGGACCCCUUGGAUGACUUCAUAGACCUCUUCUCCAUUGACUACCCGGCAAUGUUCAAAGCCGUAUCCAUCGGCGCGACCGCAACCGAUAUCCUGGAGACGGCCCACGUGGUCUUGGCCAACCCCGAUCUGGGCGUCGUGGUGAAGGGAGCUACGAGGGACAUGUCGUGGGGCUCGAGCGCUGCUCGGGAGGAGACCAUUGACGCUGCUCUGGGAAUGCUUUCCUUCCUCACUCUCCCUGGCGCGGCUCAGAUGUCGUCAAUGGAUCUACUGACAAAUGCCGCCGAUAUGCUUCCCGGUGGCUUUCCGUUCUCCUCGGUGAUUAAAAAUAUCACCGGAACGCUUGCUAAUGAAUCUCAAGAGAACCUGAUGAUCAUGCAAGAGACAAUCCAAACAGCCGCUGAGCUCCUUCAGAUCAACAUGACGGACCCGCAGUUCACAGAGCACCUCGGGAACCUUGGAUCCAAGGUUUGCACCUUGGAGAACACGGAGUCUGUGCGUCUGCUGAUGUGGGCCCUCUCCAUCGAGCCCGGUCAGCUGUGUCAAACCUUCCUUCCCAGCCUGCAAAUCCUGGUGGAGAAUAUGAUGAUGAACUCAACCUUACUGAGCGACACCAUCUUCGAGGCUGUCAUCGGAGACCCCAAAGCCUACAAUGUCCAUUCAAACUGGUCCUCUGUUUUGAGUCACGGUUUGGGCCUUGACACCAGCGACCUGAGCUCUUUCAACAUCAAAUUGUCAUCUCCAGGAACGGUAGCAGUGGGCGACCUGCUGAGGAAUAAAACAGCCUUCCUUUUAGAUGUUCAGCAACACAUGGAUUUUGACCAAGCUGCUCUCCACCUCCUGAUGGAAACAAUGCUGCCAAAAGAAAAUGUAGAGAUCCUGUCCUGGUUGGUCAACUUGCGUCAUUGCAGCUCCCCAGCAGCAUUGAAAAUGAAAGCGACGGACGCGGCCAUCUUGCAGACCUUCUGCUCCUUGUCCUUUGAACAGUGGUACAGCUUCUCACUGCUGUUUGCUCGGCAUAUCAACAUGGAAAAAGUCAUCUACAGAAUGGUUUUGUCUGAAGAACUGCAGAGCCUGGCGGGAGUUUUGCUGCAGAUGGCUGAGGCUUUAACCAACAUGAUGGACACACUUCUUCCUGCUGUGGAUCAGCUUCAAACCUUCAUGCUCCACGUCAAAGACCUCAACCUGGUGGCCAACCCAGAAUUUCACCAACUGGUGAGGGGAAAGAGGAGCACCAUCUCCAGCAAAGCAACGUUUGUCACCCUCUCUCGAGCGUUGUGCAGCAAAGGAAUCCUGGCUCUGCUCGGAAUCUCAAAACUCCCCAUCACGCCGGAGUCAAACUCCUCCUUCCCUGACCAGCGCCAGAGGGAGGAGAUGAUCGAGAGGUUCAAGAUUCCACCGAAUGCCACUCCCUUCUGUAUGAACAUGUACCUGGACAUGGUGAACACCACUGGAGGAGCGAUCGCAUGGGCCUUCCUCAAACCAAUGCUGAUGGGACAAAUUCUGUAUACCCCCGACACACCUGUCACCAGGGCCAUAAUGGAGAAGGCCAAUGCCACCUUGCAGGACUUUGCGAAUCUUCGAAAGUACUCCGAGGACUGGAUUGAAUCCUCCAACUACAUCAUAAACUCUGCCGAAAUACUCACACACACUUUGCCGAUGCUGCAGAAUUCCCUCGGCAAUUCCUUUGUUCAGAAUUUCAUUGAGAUGCAGACAGACAUCAAUGUCGACAGAAUGAAGGAGACCCUCAACAACUUCUCUAACAUGACCGUCAUGCUGGAGAACAACAAAGACAUAAUGAACCAGAUCACCACCUUGUCGAGCCUGAUGGUGAACAUCUCCUCCUGUAUCAAGUUUGACCGUUACCAUGGCUACGACUCUGAAGAUGAGCUCAACACUAGGGCUCAGAACCUCGCCAAAAGCCGCGAUCUCUACGCAAGUGUCAUCUUCAAGCUUCCCAAAGCUUCUGCCACCUCCUCCCUGCCUCCCAAAGUCAGCUACACCAUCCGCAUGCACAUGGACAACGUCAUGCGUACCGACAGAACCCGGGAACCUUACUUUUACAAGGACAGCCACAUCUCGAGCAGGCAGACGCUGCGCUACAACCGCGGCUUUGUCUACCUGCAGGAGAACAUCGACCGCGCCAUCAUUGAGACCCAGACCGGACAGAGAGUCACAGAGCCAGCCGUCCAGCUGCAGCCCUUCCCCUAUCCCUGCCACUAUCGGGAUGAGUUCCUGGAGGCCAUCUCUUUUGUCUUCCCCAUCAUAUUGAUGUUAGCCUGGGUGCUGUUUGUGGCCGAUUUUGUGAAGAAACUGGUAUACGAGAGAGAGCUGAGGCUGCACGAGUACAUGAAAAUGAUGGGAGUAAACCCGCUCAGCCACUUCUUCGCCUGGUUCCUGGAGUGCACCGCUUACUUGCUCUUGACCGUCUUCUUCCUCACAUUGGUGCUGAAAUUCGGCAGCAUUCUUCCCAACAGUGACUCUUUCCUCCUUUUCUUGUACCUGUGCGAUUACGCUUUGAGCAUCUUGUCGUUCAGUUACCUCAUCAGUUCCCUCUUCGACAAGACUUACAUCGCUGGCCUUAGUGCAAGUCUACUUUACAUCCUCUUCUUCUUCCCUUUCAUUAUGGUCGUGGCCGUGGAGACAAAACUUACCUUUUCCCAGAAGGCCGCUCUGGGUUUGUUUUCCCCUAGCUGUUUUAGUUAUGCCAGUCAAUAUGUGUCUCGGUACGAAUCCCAAGGAGAAGGCAUUCAGUGGAGCAAUUCAUACACCUCGCCCAUAGCUGGAGACACAUCUUCGUUCGGUUGGCUGUGCUGGCUGCUGCUCAUCGACUCCAUCCUCUACUUCAUCAUUGGGGCUUACAUCCGCAUGGUAUUUCCAGGAAAGUACGGCCUCCCUGCGCCAUGGUACUUCCCCUUCCAGGCCUCCUUCUGGGCCGACCUGUGCUGUUGCGUUAAGUCAAACGGUAGAGUGGCAAAAGGACUCCUCUUCACCAACAUCAUGCAGAAAAACCAGCCCGUCUUCGGCGACGAUGACGACAAGGGAAAAGGCCAGAGCACUCUGUCCUCUCUCGCUGGGGAGAACUUCUCAGACCUCCCAGUGGGGGUUUCUCUCUAUGGUCUCAGCAAGAGAUACGGCGACCGAGUAGCCAUUGAAAACCUUAAUGUUUCCUUCUACGAGGGCCACGUCACCUCACUGCUUGGUCAUAAUGGCGCCGGCAAGACCACCACAAUGUCUCUCCUGACUGGCCUUUUCGCACCAUCUUCGGGCACCAUUGAGGUGUACGGCAGAGACAUGCAGACCAACAUCAAUGAAGUUCGCAAAGAGCUCGGGGUUUGCAUGCAAUACGACGUCCUCUUUGACCACAUGACCACCAAGGAGCACCUGUUGCUCUACGGCAAGCUCAAGGCUCCACACUGGUCCUCCAGGGAACUGCACGAGCAAGUCCGCAAGAUCCUGGAGGAGACCGACAUGCACGCCCACAGACACAAGCGGGUGGGCAACCUGUCAGGCGGCAUGAGGCGCAAGCUCUCAAUCUCCAUUGCCUUCAUAGGGGGUUCUCGCUUGGUGGUUCUGGAUGAACCAACAACUGGAGUGGAUCCCUGCUCCAGGCGCAACAUCUGGGACAUUGUCAUCCAGUACAAGAAAAAUCGCACGGUCAUCAUGUCCACCCACCACCUGGAUGAGGCUGAAGUACUGAGCGACCGCAUUGCCUUUCUGGAGAGAGGAGGUUUAAAAUGCUGUGGAUCUCCCUUCCACCUGAAGGACAAGCUCGGUCAGGGCCACAAGCUCACUCUCACCAAGAAGACGCAGAACUCCGAGCAGAUCGACAACGCUGAGCUGAAGGCUUUCGUCCAAGCUCAUGUACCAGAAGCUCGCCUGAAGGAGGCCCUUGGGGGCGACCUGGUCUACUCACUGCCCUCCUUCACCUCUUCCAACGCCGCCUCAUACCGCUCCCUUUUGACCGCACUGGACACCAACCUGGAUGCUCUGCAGCUGGGGGGCUAUGGCAUCUCUGACACCACCCUAGAGGAGGUGUUCCUCCAGUUGACUCAUGAAGAUGGGACUGAGAAAAGCCUCCUGUCUAUCUCAGAAACAAUUUCUGACAAUGAUUCCAUCGACGGCUUCACUUCAGACUCCAGCGGAAGCCAGUCCGGCUUUGGUGACAAAAUCAAGCUUACCGGUCCAUCCACGGUGCGCGGCGUGGCCCUGGCAUGGCAGCAGAUGGCAGCCAUCAUGGUCAAGAGGUUCCACCACAGCCGCAGAGACUGGAAGGGCCUGAUCUCCCAGAUCCUACUCCCUGUUCUGUUCAUGGUGAUCGCCAUGGGGAUGAGCUCCGUCAAGAGCGACCUGCAGCAUUAUCCAGAGCUGGAGCUCAGCCCUGCACUCUACAGCUUUUCCCCCAGCUACUCCUUCUUCAGUGACCAGAAUCCUGGCUCCACCAAGCUGGAGGACACCAUGACGUCAUUCCCUGGGAUCGAUAACGCCUGCCUCGAGUCUGACAACCCGACCUGCGCAGAAAGCACAAACAUCUGGAGUUCCAGUGGGAACAGCUCCAAAGCAUUUAGUGUCUGUAAAUGCGCCCGUCAGAAACAGAUUUGUGACAAAGACAGCUUCCAGCCCCCCCAUAAGAAGAUCCCUUCAUCUCAAAUUGUGUAUAACCUGAGCGGCAUCAAUGUGGAGAACUACCUUGCGGCCACAGCGAAUGACUUCAUCAGGAACAGGUAUGGUGGCUUCGCCUUUGGCAUGCCUCUCCCUUCGGACUUACAGAUGGACCUAACAGCGGUUCCCAAAAAUCGUACUCUGUCUAAGGUCUGGUUCAACCCAGAGGGCCAUCACACAAUGCCAGCAUACUUAAACAGCCUCAACAACCUCAUCCUACGCUCCAAUCUUCCAGCAGACAAGGAUCCACAUAAAUAUGCCAUUUCCGUUUCCAGUCAUCCCUAUUUCGGCCGGGAAGAUGAUGAAGAUUCAAUCAUCCAGGGGAUGCUCCAGAUCAUGGUGGCUCUGUGUGUGCUGACGGGUUUUUCAAUCACAACGGCCAGCUUCGCCAUCUAUGAAGUCAACGAGCACCACAGUGGCUCCAAGCAGCUCCAGCACAUCUCCGGCAUCAGUGAACCCUUAUACUGGGCUGUGAACUUCUUCUAUGACAUGAUCAUUUACCUGAUCCCUGUGACCUUGACUAUAGUCGUGAUUGCAGCCUUCCAGGUUCCAGCAUUCACAGAUCGGCAAAAUUUGGGUGCCGUCACCCUGCUUCUGGUGCUCUUUGGGUGGUCCACAUUCCCCUGGAUGUAUCUGUUAUCAGGCAUCUUCAAGGACUCAGAGAUGGCCUUCAUCUCCUAUGUGUGCAUCAACCUCUUCAUCAGUGUCAACACCAUCAUGUCAACCUCCAUCCUGUUCUUCUUGAGUCAAAUCUCAAUACACAAUCAAGAGUUCAUCCUGGGGAUCUUCAACGGGCUCAGCCAGGCCUUCCUAAUCUUCCCCCAGUUCAACUUUGGAAACGGUUUGAUGGAGCUAGCCAGGAAGAACAUGGCGGUCCAGCUGCUCAGUGGCUACGGCAUUGACGCCUAUCAGAACCCAUUCUCCAUGGAUGGCCUGGGCUGGAUGUUCAUCUCCUCUUUCAUCCAGGGCGUAGUGUUCUUCACUCUGCGCCUCUUACUCAACAGGUUUCUCAAACACAAAAUCAGGAAUCUAAUCUGGUCCAGAAAGACGGUACCACAGGUGGCUUGUGCUGAGGAAGAUGAGGAUGUGGCGGCUGAGCGCCUACGUGUGUCCACUGGAGCGGCCAGCGAGGAUAUACUGCAGGUCAACCAGCUGACUAAGGUCUACCAACACCUCAACAAGAAGGUCCAUGCUGUGAAGAAGCUCUCUGUGGGCAUCCCUGCCGGAGAGUGCUUUGGUCUGCUGGGAGUGAACGGAGCAGGAAAAACUACCACUUUUAAGAUGCUGACUGGAGAUGUCAGCCCCACUGAUGGCACAGCACAGAUCAAGGAUUGGGAUGGGCGGUUGGUGGACAUCAUGGAGUGCCGUAACAAGGGAAUCAACAUCGGCUACUGUCCCCAGGUGGACGCGCUGGAUAAUCUGCUCACAGGAAAAGAGCACUUGUACUUCUACGCUCGCAUCCGGGGCAUCUCAAAUAAGGAGAUAGACGGGGUGGUGAACUACCUACUAAAGAGGCUGGAGCUGGUCUACCACAGAGACACCAUCACUGAUAGUUACAGUUGCGGCACCCGCAGGAAGCUCUCUACUGCGCUGGCUCUCGUCGGACAUCCGCAGAUCCUCCUCCUGGACGAGCCAAGCUCUGGCAUGGACCCUCGCACCAAGCGUCACCUUUGGAAGAUUAUCUCUGAAGAAGUGAAAGGAAAAUGUGCCGUUGUCCUCACUUCUCACAGCAUGGAGGAGUGUGAGGCACUGUGCAGCCGUCUUGCAAUCAUGGUGAAAGGUCAGUUCCGUUGCCUGGGCUCCCUGCAGCACAUUAAGAACAGGUUUGGCAGCGGGUUCACCGUGAAGAUGUACCUGGCCAAUGCCUCCUGUGACGCAGAAGCAAUCACUUGCUUCAUGCGAGACCGAUUCCACAGCACAUACCUCAAGGACCAGCACUCCAACAUGGUGGAAUACCACGUACCAACUGCUCCAGGAGGGGUGGCUGACAUCUUUGACAAGCUGGAGUCAAACAAGAAUGCUUUGCAGAUCAAACACUUCUCCGUGAGCCAGACCACACUGGAUGAGGUCUUCAUCAACUUUGCCAUGGGAAAUAUCGCCAUGGAAUCCGUAUCACUGGACGGUGAAGGAGGACAUGAUGGCCUGGACUCCAUCAAGGCAGAAGAAAUCUAGAACUUAAUGCCAAUCUUUUCUUUGCCAUUUUGUGUCAACAUACAUUGUGAAACAAAAUGCAAUAUCUGUCUAUCAAAUCUGCAAUUGCUAUGUAUGUUAAAAAGAGAAUACUUUCUGCUCCAAAUUAUACUGAUUGUGAAAAAGGUUAUACAUUUAAGUUCUCUGUCAAACCACACACUUGUUUACCUUUAAAAUUACCUUUUUAAGAAUGAUAUUAAUUUGACCUUAAUGUUGCCAAAACAUUUUUACAUCCCCUUAAAGCACUCACAUUAAAUAUAAUAAAUCUCCACAAAUGAAAUUUCUUUAGUCAAAAUGCACAUUUAAGUGUGCAUGGUAGAUUAAAUUUGGCAAAAGCAAAUAUUUAAAAACAUUCUCAAUAUGCACCAUUUCAAGUCAAUAAAACUUGCCGUUAAGCACAUACCUAACUUCUAGAAUGAGUGUAAUAAAUAUUUAAUAGACUUUCCCAAUCAAAUGGGCCAAUUGCCAACCAAACCGAAUGUGUCAAGCCUAUUUUUAUCUAUUUGUCUAAUAAAUAUAAAUAUAUAUAUAUAUCGAAUGCAA